AACUCCAGUACAGAGAAGAGAAGCCGAUCCAGCUUUUCCCCCAUGCAUAUCCCUUUUUUCUUUUGCAGAUUAUUUUAUCCACAGCCAAGAGCACUGGCUCCACAGCGCCAGGAUGUGCUGACCCUCACACCAUGGUUGGCCCCCAUCAUCUGGGAAGGCACCUUCAACUCUGAAAUCCUGGAUAGUGUCUACAGGCCUCUGAAUCUCACCAUCGGGGUGACAGCCUUUGCCAUUGGAAGAUACACCAGGUUUGUGGGCCGCUUCCUCGAGUCAGCAGAGAAGCAUUUCAUGAAGGGCUAUCGGGUCACCUACUACAUCUUCACUGACAACCCUGAGACGAUCCCCAGCGUCCCGCUGCAGCCUGGCCGCACUCUUGUCAUUGUCCCCAUCCAGAAAUACUCCAGCUGGCAAGAGAUCUCCAUGCGCAGGAUGGAGAACAUCAACAAGCACAUAGCAGAGAGGAGCCAUCGGGAGGUGGACUACCUCUUCUGCCUGGACAUCGACAUGGUGUUCUACAACCCCUGGGGGGCAGAGACCUUGGGUGACAUGGUAGCAGCCAUGCACCCGGGCUAUUUCAAAGUCCCUCGAAGUCAGUUCCCUUAUGAGAGGAGGAGCAACUCAGCAGCCUAUAUCCCCGAGGAAGAGGGAGACUUCUACUAUGGAGGGGCUGUGUUUGGGGGGCUGGUGGAGAAGGUUUAUGAGUUCACCAGGACUUGCCACAUGACUGUGCUGGCAGACAAAGCCAAUGGGCUCAUGGCAGCCUGGCAGGAAGAAAGUCACCUCAACAGGCACUUCCUGUCUCACAAACCCUCCAAAGUGCUUUCCCCAGAGUACCUGUGGGACGACAGGAAGCCCAGGCCCCCUGAAAUCCACCUCAUACGAUUUUCCACGGUGGAUAAGAACUACAAGGAGAUACGAGAUUGAGCAUCUCGUCCUUGCAGA